AUGAAGGGUCUCGCUCUCCUCGCGGCUGCCUCGGCGGCCACCGCCCACACCAUCUUCGUCCAGCUCGAGGCCGACGGCGUGACCAACCCGGUCUCGUACGGCAUCCGGGACCCGUCCUACGACGGCCCCAUCACCGACGUGUCCUCCAACGAUGUCGCUUGCAACGGCGGGCCCAACCCGACCACGCCCUCCGGCGACAUCAUCACCGUCACCGCCGGCUCGACCGUCAAGGCCAUCUGGCGCCACACCCUGACCUCUGGCGCCGACGACGUCAUGGAGGCGAGCCACAAGGGCCCGACCCUGGCCUACCUUAAGAAGGUCGACGACGCGCUGUCCGACACCGGCAUUGGCGGCGGUUGGUUCAAGAUCCAGGAGGAUGGUUACAACAACGGCCAGUGGGGUACUAGCACCGUCAUCUCCAACGGCGGCGAGCACUCCAUUGAAAUCCCCGCUUGCAUUCCCGAAGGCCAGUACCUUCUCCGUGCUGAGAUGAUCGCCCUGCACGCUGCCGGCUCCACGGCUGGUGCUCAGCUCUACAUGGAAUGCGCCCAGAUCAACGUCGUCGGCGGCUCCGGCUCGGUGCCCAGCGACACCGUCAGCUUCCCCGGCGCGUACUCCGCCACCGACCCGGGUAUCCUCAUCAACAUCUACUCCAUGACCCCCUCCAGCACCUACGAGAUUCCCGGCCCGGAGAAGUUCACUUGUUAA